AUGAAAUUAUACUGCUUAUCGAGUGAGCCGACAAAGCCAUGUUUGGUUCUUACAUUCAAGGGCAUUACCCUGAUGCUCGAUUGUGGAUUAAAUAUGCAAUCGGUGUUAAAUUUUAUGCCAAUGCCAAUGGUACCUAGCGUUAAGUUUAAUUCGUUACCCAAUUGGAUACCGCGCGAUAAUUACCAAGAUUGGCAAAUCGAAGGGGAAUUGAAGGAAUGCUGCGGUAGAAUAUUUGUGGAUUCGACUCCGGAAUUCUGUCCUCCGUUAGAAAAAAUAAUUGACUUCUCAGAAAUAGACGCUAUCUUAAUAUCAAAUUAUAUUUGCAUGCUGGCAUUGCCAUUUAUAACCGAGGGCACCGGUUUCAAAGGUAUUAUUUAUGCGACGGAGCCAACGUUGCAGAUAGGAAGAUUUUUCAUGGAAGAGUUAGUAGAGUUCAUAGAGCAAGCACCGAGAGACACGAUGGCCAAGCAUUGGAAGGAAAUGCUCCAUGUUCUUCCAUCGCCUCUGGCAGACUGCCUGAAACCAAAAUCUUGGAAGCACAUAUAUUCAAUGUCAGCUGUUAAUUCGGCACUAGCUAACAUUCAGUUAGUUGGGUAUGACCAGAAAUUGGAUAUUUACGGUGCACUCACUGUAACUCCAAUAAGUUCUGGAUAUUGUUUAGGAAGCAGCAAUUGGCUGAUAUCUAGCGAUCACGAGAAGGUCGCUUACGUUAGUGGCUCAUCGACUCUGACGACACAUCCGCGACCAAUGGAGCAAACAACCUUGAAACAUGCCAAUUUACUUAUACUUACGGGCUUAGCGCAAAUGCCAACCGCUAAUCCCGACACCAUGUUAGGUGAACUUUGUAUGACAGUAGCCAUGACUUUGCGCUCAGGCGGCUGUGUUUUAAUACCUUGCUACCCAUCUGGUGUCGUUUACGAUCUAUUCGAAUGUCUUAGUUCUCAUUUGGAUAAAUCAGGCUUCUCUCAAGUACCCUUAUUUUUUAUAUCACCAGUGGCAGAAACGUCAUUAGCAUACUCAAACAUUUUGGCCGAAUGGCUAUCAACUAAUAAGCAGAACAAAGUGUAUCUUCCGGAAGAGCCCUUUCCCCAUGCCUUUCUCGUGAAAAACGCAAGACUGAAGCAUUUUACGUCGACGUACGCCGAAGGUUUUAGCACUGAUUACAGGCAACCGUGUGUCGUGUUCUGUGGACAUCCGAGUUUAAGAUUCGGCGACGCCGUUCAUUUUGUACAAAUGUGGGGCAAUCAACCCCAACACACUAUUAUAUUUACUGAACCUGACUUUCCAUAUCACGAGGCUCUCGCACCUUUUCAACCAUUGUCCAUGAAAGCUGUACAUUGUCCAAUCGAUACUUCGUUAAAUUUUACACAAGCUAACAAAUUAAUUCGGGACUUGAAGCCAGAUAAUCUUGUAAUACCUGAACGUUACGUUCAAGCCCCAAUAACAGCACCACACAGGACUGAUCUCGUUAUCGAACCAGUCGGGGAAAAGCCACUAAUUACGUUUAAACGAGGAGAAGUUAUCAAGUUGCCAAUGAAAAGACGAAGAGGACGAGUUUUUAUCGAGCCGGAGUUGGCUGAAAAUAUAAUACCAAGUGAAAUUAGACCUGGUUUGAGUUUGGCUUCGGUAAGCGGGGAGCUCGAAGUUAAAGAUAAUGUUUAUACGAUUAAGAAUAUUCGAGACAAAUCAAGCGGAGAUAGGAAAAGAAAAGUUUCUGCAAAUAAUCUGGUGCCAAUAAAGGAAGAAAUUCUUAAGGAAAGGAGACACGAGUAUGGGAAUUUGGAUCCUCAGGAACUUCUUCAGAAAUUGAAUCAAGAAGGCAUCACUGGUGCAAAAUUACAGCACACUCCAACGUCAAUUAGUAUUCACUUGCAAGAUGAAGACACGCUUAUUCAAAUUGGUGACAAUUCAACUCACAUAUUCUGUAACGGUGACCAAAAAUUACGACGACGACUUAGGAAUAUAAUAAUGCAGUGCCUGAAACGAUUUUAGUUAGAAUGAUAAAUAAGCUAGACAGACAAAUAAAGUUUAUUAUUAUUAUUAUU